AUGUCUCUAAGUUUCCAAGCCUCAUGCAUCAGUUUCACUUUUGUUUUCGUAGGUCACGUUUUGAAAUAUCAUUUGCGAUUAGCAGUCAAUGAAGAGGCAACUGGUGGUCACUUAUGUGUUGGUGGUAGUGGUGGUACUGGUGCUGUUGAAGCCAGCGAUGCUCCUGUGAAAUUCAUCAUUUUGUCCUUGGCUUUGUUGGGCUGUGUUUUGGCCGAUGUCUCCGAAUUGGGUGGCUACGAUUAUCAUGCUCCAGCUGCCACCGAAGUACAUGGCGAUUUUGGUGGUGAGGCUGGUUACAGCAGUUCCGUGCCCGUAGCCGCCGCUCCUGCAAACACCUACAUUCCACCAGCUGCCUCUGCUCCCGCCAGCACUUAUAUUCCACCAGCAGCUCCCGCCCCUGCUCCAUCGGCUCCUGUCAACACCUACAUUCCUCCAGCUGCUUCUGCCCCCGCCAACACUUACAUCCCACCAGCUGCCUCUGCCCCAGCUCCAUCUGUCGAAGUUGCUGAAGAUGGCUACCGUUACAAGACUUUGCGUCGUCGUGUCUACCGUCAACGUGUUUAA